GAGCGCUGCUGGAAGCGCACCAAUAGAAAAGCGAUAAAGUUGCUGAACUUCCUGACUGUAAGCGAAUCAGAUAGUGCCGUGGAGGGUGUUUGGAAUUCAUCAGCCGCCACAUUUUGAAUGAUGUAUUCGCGUGGAAGUCCAUAGAGAAGCCAUGGUGGAAGGACCGGGAUGUACUCUGAACGGAGAGAAGAUCCGCGCCCGGGUCACCAGGGGGCAGAGUGUGCGGGAGCUGCGGGGGAGCGCUGUAAGCAGCACGUCAAAGUCACCAAGCAACGCCUCGUCUAUCCCCAGAACCUGCAUUCUAAUGUCUUUGAUUUCCUGCACAUAUACUGGCGUGCAGACCUUGGGAAAAGAGCUCUUCAUUUAUUUUGAGGCAAAAGCAUUAAGAGUUCAUUUUGGAAUGAAUGGAUCAAUGCGCAUUAAUCCAGCAGAGAGGAAGGAUAGAAGCGGAGCUCCAGCAGUUCUAGAAGUGCAGCUCACCAAGGAUUUGAUUUGCUUUUAUGAUUCCACGCUAGAUGUCAGGAACGCUUUGGAGUGUCAGGAAAAAGUGCGGUUAUUUGAAGAUCUGGAUGUGUGCUCCUCGAAGUUCAGUUUUUCUAGAGCAGAGUGUGAGGUUAAGAAGCGGGGAUGUCGGAUGCUGUGUGACUUGCUCCUUGAUCAAGCAGUGCUCCCUGGAGUUGGCAACAUCAUCAAAAAUGAAGCCCUGUUUGAUAGCGGCCUGCAUCCAGCUGUACAGGCUGGUUUACUAACAGAUGGACAGAUUAGCCAUCUGGUGAAGAUGACACGUGACUUUACGCUCCUCUUUUAUAAGUGUCGAAAGAAUGGCUCAGCUCUUUACAAGCAUUACAAAGUAUAUAAAAAAUCUAACUGUGGCCAGUGUGGUACAAAGAUCACAGUAUGUCGCCUGGGAGAACACAACAGAAUGACCUAUUUUUGCUCAAAGUGCCAAAAGGAUAAACCUCAGCAGCUUGAUCCGAGUAAACUUCCCAAAAGAAACAGUCUUAUUGGAUGGGCCUGUAGACAAGAAUCGCAAGACCACGUGGCCAGGAGUGAUGAAGAACAUUGGGCAUGUCAAAUCUGCACACUCAUUAACAAGCCUUCAGAUGAGAAAUGUGAUGCAUGCCUGGCUCCUAAACCAAAAGUUUUAGCCACUGCAGAUAAUGAAAGUGUUGGAUAUGAGACAGACUUGAUUAAGUAUCCAUGUAAUAAUUUUGGAAAACCAUUGUCUGAAAUGAAGAUAAACAGAAGAACCGCUUUUGGUCAUACAACAUUGGUCCUAAGUGAUUUUAGUACCAAAACUAAUGAUAAUGAACAAAAUCCUAGGCGGAUGUCCUCUUCAGAGAUGUCUGUCAGCUAUACUUGCAGCAACACGCUUAAUGUCUCAAAUAAGAGGAGAAGCAUUGAAACUGAACAGCAGAUGAAUAGCAGUCCAGAUACUGGAGUUUCACAUUCAUUUGUCCAGCAUCAGAAGAGACGGAAGACUGAUCAAAUGGCACAAAACUUCCAAAAUGAAAGCAACACGCCAAUCGGCUCUCCGCAAGUUAAUCCGACACAGGGAACCUCUUCUCCACAUGCUGCAAGCCUGCUAUGCAUUAAGCACAAACGCCCGUGUGUUCUCCAUGUUGUCAGGAAGGAUGGAGAGAAUAAAGGAAGACCGUUUUACAGUUGUUCCUUGCCCAGGGAAAAUAAAUGUGAAUUUUUUGAGUGGGCUGACCUACAUUUUCCAUUUUGCAAUCACGCAAAGCGCUGUGUAAUGAGAACAGUACUUAAGAUUGGUCCAAACAAUGGCAAAAACUUUUAUGUCUGUGCUUUUGGCAGAGAUAAACAGUGUGAUUUCUUUGAAUGGGCUAAAGAAUAGGAUUAACACUGCUUUUGUUACUGAUAGUUGCUUGCUUCAUCCAUUAUUAGCCAUACUUCCUCCAAGGUGCAAUUAAAGGAAGACAUCCCAAAGAAUCUAGUUGCUAUAUUUCACCGCAAACUUGUCAACCUUGCAAUAAAAAUCAUGUCAAACAUGUACUGUAUAUUUGACUUGAGUGCAUUGAAUUUUAAUUUCUAAUAUAUAAAUGUGCUGUGUAUUGCCUAUUACUAAUUGGAAAAUAAUAAAAAAAUAUUAAAAGGA